AUGGGACUAUGGCGGCACCAAGAGUGGGACCUUGCAGAACGGGCAGAGCUACGAAACGCCCUCCUCACUGAUGGUAGCGGCAGCGGGGGCACUCCGUCCCCUCCUCCCCUGCCAACUCCCUGCCCUCCCUCCGCCCCUCAUCCCCUGACUGGAGGCAGUGUGAAGAUGAGGUGUGAUUGCAACUCUUUGACGCUCGACUCAACGCCGGCUUUGGAGAGGCAGACCGUCUGCAAGGGGUUUCCAUCCCUUGCCAGCGCACCUUCCGCCGCAAGUCGCGGCGUGCAUUUCUGCACCUCCAUGGCCCCUGCCCCCGCGCCGACCGCUAAAACCCUCACCCCCCCGCUCACCGUCUUGAAGCGCACUCUCUCCAUGGACGCCGGACCCGCCAGCGGCGCCGCAAAGCCCGCCGUACAGUCCGGUCACGCGAAAAAGCCACGGGUGAGGCAGAUCGUGCGAGCAACAGGCGUGGGGCCUGCAGGGAUGGGGACACCCGUCGCCGCCGCCGCCGCCGCCGGUAUCACCGGCGCCGGUACCGCCGGCGCUGCGACUGCUGGGGUUGCCGCGCAGACGAGGCAAGGUAUGCCCAGCGGUGGCGGCGCUGCUGCCGCGAGUGGCGGCGCUGGUGGCGGCGCAGGUGGCGAAGGUGGCCGUGGCGGUAGGAGGGGGAGGCGGAAGCCGCAGCAAACGAGCGCAGGUUCGAGGGAGGUGGCGCAGCCGCAGCAGCAGCAGCAGCAGCAGCAGCAGCAGCAGCAGCACGGCCACCACCGCCACCACCACCAGCACCAGCACCAGCACGCAGCGGUGGUGCAGCCGAUUCGAGAGGUGGAUUUAGAGGCGAUCAAAUCCGUCAUCACUGACGUCAGGUUCGACUCGUUCCCGCUGUCGGCGCAGAUGCUCGCGGCGGUGCAGCAGGGUUUCGGGUUCCAGCUCUGCACCAAGGUGCAGGCGGAGACCAUGCUGCCCGUACUCAACGGCAUGGAUCUGCUGGCCAAGGCCAAGACAGGCAGCGGAAAGACCAUUGCCUUUCUCGUGCCCACAAUCGAUAGGCUCCUGCGCGGGCCGCCCUCCCCGCGCUUCUUCCAGGGCGGAACAGCAGUGCGCGUGCUGGUGCUGGUGCCCGCGCGCGAGCUGGCGGCGCAGGUGCAGGCGGAGGCGCAGCAGCUGCUGCAGGGGCAGGGGGGCGUGGGCGUGCAGGUGGUGUUCGGCGGAACGGCCAUGGGGAAAGAGAUCCGCCGCAUGGAGAACUCCCCUUGCCAGCUGCUGAUAGCAACGCCAGGGCGAUUGUUGGACCAUCUGAAGAACACGCAAGGCAUGCAGGAGCGCGUGCAAGACGUGCAGGUGCUGGUACUGGACGAGGCAGACCGCAUGUUGGACAUGGGGUUCGCCAAGGACCUGCAGGCCAUCAUGUCGUAUCUGCCCUCCGCCCGCCAGACGCUGCUCUUCUCCGCCACCAUGCCCACUCAGGUGCAAGCGAUGUCGAAGCAGGUGUUGAGGCGGGAGUUCAAGCACGUGGACGUGGUGGGAGAGGAGGACGCCGAUACCAACAUCCAGGUGAGGCAGGAGCACCUGGUGGUGCCACUGGAGGAGCAGCUCACGACCAUGUACACGCUGCUGCUACAGCACUGCCAGGAACAGCCCGAUUACAAGGUGCUGGUGUUCUCAGUGACAGCCAAAAUGACAGCAUUCUACGCGGCGCUCUUCGCCUCGCUCCUCCCCGGCGCCACCAUCCUCGAGAUCCACUCACGCAAGUCGCAGGCGCACCGCACGCGCGUGUCGGGGGAGUUUCGAGCGGCCAAGGGGCGGGUCGUGAUGUUCACCAGUGACGUGUCUGCUCGUGGGGUUGACUACCCGGAUGUUUCCUUGGUGCUGCAGGUGGGUCUGCCCGCGGACCGAGCGCAGUACAUCCAUCGCCUGGGGCGCACGGGCAGGGCGGGCAAGGAGGGGCACGGCGUGCUGCUGCUGUCGCCGUGGGAGAAGCCCUUCCUGCCCAAGCUAGCAGGGCUGCCCAUCACCCCGCACAAGCCGCUGGACCCACUUAGUGCGCAGAACGAGCACAAGCUCAACGAUGCUCUUUCCAGAGUGGAGACAGCAGCCAAGGACCAAGCAUACGUGGCCUUCCUAGGCUACUACAACUCCAACCUCAGGCUGCUCAAGUGGACGCCUCAGAUGCUUGUGGCCACAGGGAACGAGUUUGCAGAACUCAUGCAAUGCCCUGAGCAGCCGGCUAUUGAGCCCAGGUUGCUGGGCAAGAUGGGUUUGAGGAAAGUGGCGGGCAUUCGAGAGGCGGGGCGGGAUCAGAUCAAAGGGUACCAGCAACAGCAGCAGAGGCAGGAGCCGGUCAAGGGCCGAGGGGGGAGGAGGUGGUGA